GCUCGUGGACGGUGGCCGACAGGCUGCGCCCGCCCGCGCCCGGGGUGAUGCAGCUGCCGCCUGCGCUGUGCGCCCGCCUCGCUGCGGGGCCCGGGGCGGCGGAGCCACUGCCUGUAGAACGGGACCCCGCGGCUGGGGCCGCGCCCUUUCGCUUCAUUGCGCGCCCCGUGCGCUUCCCGCGGGAGCACGAGUUCUUCGAGGAUGGGGACGUGCAGCGCCACCUCUACCUCCAGGACGUGCUCAUGCAGGUGGCCGACGCGCCUGAGAAGCCCAGGGUGCCCGCGUUUGCCUGCCAGGUGGCUGGCUGCUGCCAGGUGUUCGAUGCCCUGGAUGACUAUGAGCACCACUACCACACACUGCACGGAAAUGUUUGCUCUUUUUGCAAGCGGGCCUUCCCUUCUGGACACCUGCUGGACGCCCACAUCCUGGAGUGGCACGAUUCGCUCUUCCAGAUCCUGUCUGAGAGGCAGGACAUGUAUCAGUGCUUGGUAGAAGGCUGCACAGAGAAGUUCAAGACCAGCAGAGACCGGAAGGAUCACAUGGUGAGGAUGCACCUGUACCCCGCGGACUUCCGGUUUGAUAAGCCAAAGAAAAGCAGAAGCCCAGCCUCAGCGGAAGCCCCAGGGGACAGGGGAGAGCGGUCAGAAGGGGAGGCCAUGGAAAUCUGCUCUGAGCCUGUGGUGGCCUCCCCUGCACCGGCGGGUGAGAGGCGGAUCUACAGUCACAGAAUACCCUCUACCAUCUGCUUUGGUCAGGGUGCCGCUCGAGGAUUUAAAAGCAACAAGAAGAAAACCAAACAGUGCUGAUAGAGUCAGAAAAGGAGUGGGGGGCAGUCGCCACUGCUGGGAGUGGCAUCCGCCGUGGGCCUUUCUCCGACCUUCUGGUGUGGCCGCCCUGGGGCCGGGCCCUCGCCAUCCUCCCUGUCCUUGUCCCUCAGCAAAUGGCAUCAGCAGCUGUCAUUAGAAACUGUGAGGGACCCACAGAUUUUGGAAAUGACCUGGACACACUAUUGGGAAGGAGAUGUGGACGGCCUGUCUCCUCCUGCAGGGCCCACCCUAAGAAUGUAUUUUUAAACACAUGAAAUAAGUAUUUUUCACUGAU